GCCACAUCAGAGCCUCUCUUCACUGGAAGAGGCACUCACCUCCACGGGACUCUGCUGAGCCCAAUGAUGAAGUCCUGGGUAGACGCCACAGCGCUAUUGCUGCCAAUCGCCUUCUGUCUUGGCUUGGUCCAUGUCUGUAAUGGAGCAGCUAUUUCUAUUUCAUGUGGUUCCAUCUACAAGAGUUUUGCACAGUGUUUGCUGACACUCGGGGACAGUUUGGUGGAAACACAAAAAGAUCAGGAUACGCAGGACAUUGAUGCAAUCUGCAAGUCCUGGAAUGACUUCCAUGUUUGUGCCAACACGGCCAUGUCUGGCUGCCCCAGAGAAGCAGCAGCAGUAUGGGAGUCUCUAAGACAAGAGUCCAGGAAGGCCCAGUUCUCUGGAAACCUCUAUGACAUGUGCGCCAGCCUCACCACCCUGGUACCCAGCACCGUGCCUGCACCCCUGACCCCUCCCACCUCAGAUCAGACCAAUCAGGAAACACUGAAGGGGCGAACGUACCAGCGGAGCCCUGCCCUCACCACGAUGAUCUUUCCAAUAUGUAGCACUUUAAUAGUGCUGCUCAGGAUCUAGUUAGAUCAUCGUCAUUUGAACUUGCAUUGUUUGCUCAGAGACAUUAAUAUGCCACUUGUUUUAUAUACUGUACAGUGUACUUGCUUAGUUCUUACCUUCUUUUUGAGUGCUGACAGAAAUGCUUCUGUAAACAGAUCUGGAGAAGGAUGAUUACAGCUUUAUUUUAUUUUAUUUUUAAAUCGCAGACUUGAUCCAGACACAUGCACACAAAUCACAGGUCAGCCGCGUUUAUGAUGAGGCCUCAAUCCUAAAGUCAGGGUUUCAGAGACAGAAUCAGAAAGGCAUAUUGUUUCUUUUCUUUCAGCUGAAAAUAAAUAAAUACACUUCAGCACGAUCAGCUGCAACUCUUCACACUGAGGGUGAAGUUGACCUGAUGUACAGUAAAUAUUACAAACAACUGUCAGCUUUUAAAGGAACACUAGUUCAUGGUGAACAAUAUUUUAAUCUGAAACAUAAAUAUGUAAAAUUGAGAUAGUAUAUUUACAAUGUAUCAAUAAAAAAGAAACAUAAAAACAUACUAAUAAUAGUUUUUUGUCUCACAUAAAUAUAUACAGCAGAGUACCCUGCUUUUGGCUGGCGACCAGUCCAGGGUGUACCCUGCCUCUCGCCCAAAGUCAGCUGGGAUAGGCUCCAGCAUACCCCCGUGACCCUAGUCGACCAACUGGCAUAGAAAAUAAAUGAAUGAAUGAAUACACAGCAAAGCUUAAAUUACAUUAUUUAUUAUAAAUGUGUUAAAUUAAAUUAUUUUAUUUUAUUUAAAAUUAUGGAGAGAUACUCUUUCUUCCCCCUCUGUUGUUCAGCCCACCAAAAAUGUUACAGAAUGUACAUUUAUGGUUACAAUUUAAAAAAAAAAAAUGUUGUAGCUUUUUGAGUUUGAGUGGGAACAUUUUUUUCUGGGUGUGCGUGCGAUCUUAAUACUCUUAAACGGUUUCAUAACAAUCGUGGCAUGAGCAGAUUAAUCUCGUCUGUCUUUAGUCAUCCACUGUUGCGCAGCAUGGUGCCAUGCACCUCAAAACCUUUGAAACUGUCUUGAGCCCUUGGAGGACUUUUGUGGCGGACUGAGAGCAGAGGAUUGCUCGCCAUUGUCACGAACAUGGCGCUCACGGGACAUCUAAAAAAAAAAGUCAGAGGUCAGAAGUGAGCGCGCUAUCUCUGCAGCAGGAUGAAUAUUAAGAAGUAGCAGCUGCUGCUGAACCAUUGUGUGUGUUAUAUAAGAGAUUCAUGCAUCAAACUUACAUUAAAGUCCAUUUUGUAAAUGCAGGCUGUCAACAUUCAGCCUCUGCAGAAGAACGUUGACAGGGUCGGUCAUAAUUCUAAUUGUGGACCUUUAUAUACUUCACCGAAGUUGAUUAAAAGUGUAAUAAAAUCAUGGCAGUAUUGAUGUGGCAUAAGUUUGACUGCGUGUUAAAGGUCUUUCAUUUGAUGAUGACCUGCUGUCAAGAAGAUGGACAAUCUGCAUGACCAUAAACCAUUCAUGAACAUCCUCAUGAAUACACACUCCAUGAUUAAAC